AUGGCGGACCCACCUUCUGCCUCGUUGCCUCCUCCUAAUUCAUCAUCAUCUUCACCUCCACCGCAUUCGUCUCCUCCACUUGAUUCAUCGUCUUCUGCACCUCCACCGCAUUCGUCACCUCCACCACCACCAAGGAAUUCAGAUUCCAAGUUGCUUCAGGCACCUAUGUCAAGCCAAAGAAAAGAGUCAGAUGACGAUUCAUCUCGAAACUCGCCACCUCCACCUCCACCGCCUCCGCCGCCACCACCUCCUCCACCUCCGCCACCUCCUCCACUACCUCAUUCUGGAUCACUUUCUCCUCCAAAGCACCGUUCACCACCACAUCAUUCACGAUCCCAUGAUAAAGACUUCUCCACUAAUCAGAAAGCCAUCAUCGUCGGAGCAGCUGUUGGCGCUGGACUUUUGCUCCUUGUUAUGAUUGCAUUCUUGUUGUCUUGUACCAAAAGGAAGAAAAGAAAAGCACAUGAUAUGAACUAUUACAGUGACAAUUCUCGUAGAAAUGGUGGUCCUGACUAUUAUAGCAGCGGGCAACACGGAAACUGGCACAACGCCGGUCGCACUCCUGAUCACGUAGUUAAAGUACCGGCGGCACUCAGCAGCGCCGGAGUGAGCUCCGAAAUGGGUUGGGCUGUACCGCCGCCUCCACCGCCACCAAUGAUGAGCAGUAGCGAAUUGAGCUCCGCUGGCUUCUCCGGUCCACACGGACUUGCCUUGCCACCACCGCACCCCGCUGUCGCCCUUGGAUUUAAUCAAAGCAGCUUCACUUACGACGACUUGGCGGCUGCGACUGGCGGUUUUGCGCAGUCUAACUUGUUAGGACAAGGCGGAUUUGGAUAUGUGCACAAGGGGAUUUUACCGAAUGGGAAGGAAAUUGCAGUGAAGAGUCUGAAAUCGAAUAGCGGACAAGGGGAAAGGGAAUUUCAGGCGGAGGUUGAUAUUAUUAGCCGCGUCCACCACCGCCAUCUGGUGUCGCUUGUCGGAUAUUGCAUUGCCGAAUCUCAGAGGAUGCUGGUUUAUGAAUUUGUUGCCAAUAAUACUCUCGAAUAUCACCUUCAUGGAUCUGGUCGUCCAACUAUGGAAUGGCCUACAAGGCUUAAAAUUGCAAUAGGAGCGGCCAAAGGAUUUGCUUACCUUCAUGAAGAUUGUCAUCCUCGUAUUAUCCAUCGAGACAUUAAAGCUGCAAACAUUCUUCUUGAUUUCAAUUUUGAAGCUAAGGUGGCUGACUUUGGAUUGGCUAAGCUUUCUUCAGACAACAACACUCAUGUUUCAACUCGAAUCAUGGGAACAUUUGGGUACCUAGCGCCUGAGUAUGCAGCUAGUGGCAAACUUACUGAAAAAUCUGAUGUCUACUCAUUUGGAGUUGUGCUCUUGGAACUGAUAACUGGACGAUGCCCUGUGGAUAUCAGGAGUGCUGAUGAUGAAAGCUUAGUCGAUUGGGCUAGGCCGAUACUAAUGAGUGUCACUGAAGGAGGAAGCUAUAAAGAAUUGGUGGAUCCGCGCUUGGAGGAUAACUAUGACCCACAAGAGAUGCUACGUAUGGUUGCCACUGCUGCUGCAUGUAUUAGGCAUUCUGCGAGGAGACGCCCCAGAAUGAGCCAGAUUGAACGUGCUUUAGAAGGGGAUGUUUCUUUAGAUGACCUAAACGAGGGAGGAAGAACUGGGCAUAGCGCAAUGUUUAGCUCUAGUUCUGAAUAUGAUGGGGCUUCAUAUUCGGAUAUGAAAAGGUUUAAAAAGGCAGGAAUGUCAAGCCAAGAAUUCACUAGCAGUGAGCAUGGACUCACAGGCGAGUUUGUCCAUUCUGGCGGAAAUUCACAGGAAGUCCGCCCUACCUGGAGCCGUCGACUUCCGAAUUCCCAACGCCCAGGGCCGGAUCAGGCUGCUGUAGCUGUGCCGCCUGUGCGCCCGUCGCAGUGGAAAUUGGAAGGUCCGACGACUCCGACUGAGAGAGAAAAUCGUGACUCAACCUCCGCAGUUCGUCCUCCAGCAAAAUACAAGCGGCACGAGAAAACCGUGAGGCAUUGA